AUGAACUCAUACAUCUUCUUCAUGUUGAACAUGACGCAGUGGUCUGUGGCCGGCCAAAAGGCGCGGGUUUCCGAGAUACCACCUUCUCUGGGCUCUACCAAUCCAGAUCUCUUCCAAUUCUCACAGCUCCCGCUUUUUGUGUCCAUGGCACUACAAAUCAUUUUCUACUUUGCUUUCGCACCCUUUGUUGAAUGGGCCAUGCAUGGAAUCAGCUUCCAAUGUCGAAAGCUUGCUACAGCUACCACAGCAGGAAAACCUUCUUCACUGCCUGUAUCCCACUCGCCUGAUUCACCGACUGCCGUUGCGCUUCAUCUGAAGAAGAGCUUCUACCCUGGUCUCUUUCGUAAAGUCUUUUGCUGGGGGGAACGCAAGCAGCCCAAGAUGGCCAUGGAGGACGUCACCCUGGAGACACACAGGGGCCAAAUUACAUGUUUGGUUGGACAAAACGGCUCCGGCAAGACAGCAGCUCUGCGCAUGAUGGCUGGAUUCACGUCCAUGGAUGCCGAUGAAAUUUCUUUUGAUACGUUACCCUCGCAAAUUGGCAUAUGUCCACAACAGAAUGGCAGCAACGAGACCGACGAGCAGAUUGACCAGCUUAUUGACGACUGCGACCUCUUACAGAAGACAGACUGUCUGGCCCAGGAUUUGAGUGGCGGGCAAAAGCGUAAGCUCCAGCUUGCUUGUACAUUUAUUGGGGGGUCAUCCGUUUGUCUGGUGGACGAGUGUACCUCUGACCUCGAUCCCCUAUCUCGCCAGGCAGUCUGGGAUCUCUUGCUACGCAGCCGAGCCAACCGAUCCAUUAUUCUGACAACGCACUUCUUGGAUGAGGUGGACGUGCCUGCUGAUCAUAUUGUAGUUCUGUCAAAAGGCAAAGUUGUCUGCAAAGGUACUCCAGUCGAGCUCAACAGCACCUACGGCGGAGGCUAUCGCGUCGUUGUUGAGCGUACCGAGAAGACCAUGGCGGCCCUGGCUGCUUUGAAGCCUACAGUUUCACGGGAUACGCUCGUUUUCCAAGUGGUCGACUCCAACGCCGCCGCCAAUCUGUCCAAGAUACUUGAGCAAGCCGGCGUUCUUGGACUUAGAACCGGUCCCUGCGAAGAAAGUUACGAGAAUUUAAUACCAUAA